AUGACGAGAUGCCUGAGGAUAUCCACGGCUUAUUCACUGAGGUGGAUGAUGAGACAUUCCACCGCGUUGCUUUUCAUCUCCUUCAUCGGCGUCGUGACAUUUAUUCUGCAUCUGUACGCAUUCAAGCACGAAGACAAAUUCCGUUACAGAGACAUAAUAGGUGAUUUUGACUACAGGCCUGGAGCAUUUCUUAAAGGCCUCCAGCCUAAUGAGAACACCAGCUAUUGCGAGUUCAAUUAUGGCUUGCCUGAGGCACUUAAUUGGCAUAGUGUCCGUGUGCACAAAACUCCUGAAGGAUUCGUGACCAAUACUCAUAACGUCAUCUACAAUGCAAUCAAGGGCACAGCAUACGCUAAUUUUAGUAAAUACGAUGCAUUAACUUACGCCACGCAAGCUACACCAGAAUUUAUAUAUCAUAUCGUGGAAAUUGCGAGAUUUUGGGAUGGACCUAUCAGUUUAGCUGUGUUCGUGCCUGAUUAUGAUUUGUAUAUAACGAUGCAGAUUAUGGACCACCUCUGCCAUUGUUAUUCAGAAAUGUCCAAAGUUUCCCUACACUUAUUUUAUCCUAUCAAAAUUCCUCCGAGAAUCCCAUUUCAAAUCGAUAUGAGAGCAACUGUACCUCAGACGACUAUGUCGUCGAAUGUGACAAAAUCAAUAACACAAACGUUGCAAGAAAAAAUGGAGAAAUAUAAACAGCUGAAUAAAACAACGCGGCCAGAGUACAUCAAAUGGGUGAGACAAACUAAAAUUCAAAGAAUGAUGUCAAUAAUGUCACAAAGACCUUUAAUGCCACCGAUACUACAAUUCGAAGAUUGUAUGGGCUCAAAUAUCGUAAUUCCCACAUACAGGAAAAUAAACAACAUGCUUUAUCCCAUAAACGUUGGCAGAAACGUGGCCAGAAACGCUUCAUUGACGAACUAUUUCAUAGUGUCUGAUAUAGAAAUGGUGCCGAGUGAAGGAUUAGCUACGAAAUUCCUUAGGAUGGUGAACAAGCUUAUGGGCCGUAAGAAGCGAAAAGAGGGCUGUAUAUUCUCUAAGACGAUCUUUGUGGUGCCUCUGUUUGAAGUGGGGAGAGGGGAGCCUAUCCCUCGCGACAAAGACACGCUAUCAUCAUUGGUAGCUGCUAAAAGGGCUUCGUACUUCCACGCCAAGACUUGCUCCCACUGCCAGCGGUUCCCUGGUCUCCAGACCUGGCUGUCCAGACCUUCACCCGUCGGAAUUGAGCCAAUGAUGAUAGCUCACAGGGAGUACCCUUAUCAUCGAUGGGAGCCGUUGUACAUUGGGACGCAGAAGGAGCCUUGGUACAACGAGAUUCUGGUCUGGGAAGGCCGGCAAGAUAAAAUGACGCAGAUGCUGGAACUCUGCCUUCAGAACUACCGUCUAAUAGUCCUCGAUGGAGCCUUUCUCUGUCACGCCGCGUCUAAAAGUGGCUCCAAAAAUGGUCAAGCAAUCAGACACAACAAUAGAUGGUAUAAGAAACUAAUCGAUAGACUGAAGAGCAAGUAUGAAGAUCGAACGCUGUGUAGGCUUUCUUGGGGAAGUUAGUAUUGCAACUAAUAUAAUUGUAAUCUGUGCUAUAAAUCUGUAUUGUGUUACGAAGAUUGGAGUACUAGUAAAUAUUGUAAGUCAUUUGUAAAUAUAUA